AUGAGUGAUACUAGGAGUCCAUCUCCUGAUUCUCUCUUUUCAGAACCCGACAAUGACGCCGUGACGGACAACCCGAUAGCCAAAAGAACGCAGCCAGAUAUACCAGGUUUAUGGAUAUUCCCUUCUAUCUUUCCUGAUGAUAUAGCUCGCGAUGCAUUACAUUCAAUCGCUACUGCAAACUUGUUCUCCGGAGGUUCAAGAGAUCAAGUAAUGUUAUUCGAAGCACCAAAAUCACUCUCCUCCACUUCGUCCUUACCAGACUAUAUCACAGAGCUUGUUUUUAUUAUCAAAGACAUCUUAAGAUCUCGCCUUUCAGAUGAAAUGAUCGACCUGCUGUUCAAUCAAAGCCUUGCAAGACAAGUGAUAAUGAACCUUUACCCUCCAGGAGAAGGGAUCACCCCUCAUAUCGAUUUACCUAAUCGAUACGCGGAUGGGAUUAUAGGCUGUUCUCUCACAGGUGGAUGCGUAAUGUCCCUUUCGGAAGAAAAUACCAUCCAUAGGGUGUACAUACCACCUAGGACAGUAUAUGUCCUUUCGAAAGAAGCUAGGUGGGAAUGGUAUCAUGGUAUAGAUGGUUGUGAGGAGGAUUUAGUAGAGAAAGAAGAUGGGACAGGCGUAGAAACCAUCUUGAGAGAUUUAAGAGUUAGUGUUACCUUUAGAUGGAUGAAAGAAGAUGCGGAUAUCUUAUCAUGA